GAGAGCUAUGUCUUUGGGUCAACUCACUGCCAACUACACGGACUCAGAGGGAGAGAAUGAUGACCGCAUCAGUGACGACGGCUCGCACAAAUCCUCACCCCUCACAAGCAGAGUGGCAGAGCUGCGUGACGAAGGCAGCCGGAGAGGAACACCAGCUAGCGUAGAGUCCACAGGAUCAGGAACACCUCAAAAAAAGUUGGCCAGUCAAGUUAUUGUGGAAAACCAGAAUGGUUCCCUUAAGUAUGAUGUUUUUGGUUUAAAAGGCUGGGUUACUGUUCAUCAGCUGUUGCUAAUGCCUCCCAAACUUGCCACAUCCCGUCUUCCCGCAUGUUAUCAGGAAAAGGUGCAGAGGUUCCUGAACGAAGUCCGCCGCGGCAACAAGGACUACAACAUGAUGAUCCAGAAUAACAAGGAGUUUCGCAAUCCCGGCAUUUACGAGAAGCUUAUUGAUCUCCUGCAGCUUGACGAGAUGGGAACAAAUUAUCCACUGGAUAUGUUUGAUCCGCAUUGUUGGGGGAAGGAGUCCUAUUAUGAUGAAAUAGCACGCGUACAGAAAGAAGAAAUGGACAGAAGAGAAAAGGAGCGAAAAGACAAGACAAAGGUGGACAUAAUCUCAGGUACCAAGAAACCCCAAGAGGAGGAAGCCAAGAAAAGAAAAUCGCGUUUCGACCAAGGAGGACCCUCGACCAACAUCCUCAAACCUAUGGUUGCUCCUCCAACGCUCACUUCAGUGCCAUCAGGAACAAAAGCUACAAUAGAUGCUUUUGGAGGCUUAAAAAAGACCAAAUAGUUGUAGAAAACUUUUUUUUUUUUUCUUUAAAA